CUUAGCACUUCUCUUUCUCCACAUCUUCUGUUGCUCUUUUUCUAAUCUUUCUCUCCAAACCAAAUUUUGUUUCGAUCAAAGUCAAAACACAACCAAAAGGUAUCAUCACAAUUCAUAAAACCCUUUUUUCUCUCUCUAAAAGUACUUCUUCUUGUUGGAAGAGAAACAAAAGUACCAAGUUUUUCAUACGCACGCGGUAUUGGACUAUUCAUAUACCAUACCAUCAUAGUGCAACAUUACGUAUACAUUAAAAAAAGCUGUUACAAUCUACAUAGGUAGAUAGAUAUUAUUAUGAUUAUGUUUUUGUUUUUGUUACACUGAAUCUGCAGUUUCUUCUUGUUAGAUUUUUCAGGGUUCAAGAUCAAUACCUGAAGAAGAAUCAAACCGAUUUUCAAUGACCCAAGUGAGAAAAAAUUGAGUUUUGAAUCGUGGGUGAUUGUUUAUUAUAACAUAUUUGGAUCUAGCUGUUGAAAGAUUGAAUUUUUUGUUGUUUUGGGAUUGAAGAUGAAGUCAGAGUCACUUGAUCAGUGGAGGAGUUACUUUCGUUCAUCGAAUUCGGAUAUUUUCGAUAUAAUUGACCAUGCAAUUGUUGUUGCUGCUUCUGAUUGUCCAAAGGAGUUUAAGUCUAGGAGAGAUGGAAUUGCUGAGAGAUUGUUUUCUGUUAUGCUGAAUCGUUGUAAGGGGUGUGAGAAGGUUGAAUUGUCUGUGCCUGAUGAUGAUAAUGGUGAUGAACUUUGCAAGAGAAGUUCUGUUAGAGAGGGUGCUAGCAAAGAGAGCAAGGUGGAUUGCAGUAGGGAAGAAAAUGGAGUGAUGGAUGCUAACCCUAUUAGCAAUUACAGCUUUGGAGAAGCUGAAGCUUUAACUGAUGAACUUGAAGAGCAAUCACAACUUGUUGCUGAGGUUACGAGGAUUAAAGAGAUUCUCAAUAACCAUGAAGAUGAGUCUGACUCGGUGCUGUUUGAGUCUCUGAGGAGGCUUCAACUGAUGCAACUCUGUGUCGAUCUUCUGAAGUCAACUGAAAUUGGAAAGGCUGUGAAUCAUCUGAGAAAGCAUGGAUCGAAGGAUAUCCGUCAACUAGCACGGACUCUCAUAGAUGGAUGGAAAGAACUGGUCAAUGCAUGGGUGAAGGCGACGACAACCACACCUGUCGCAGCUUCAGAAGAAGGCACACCGGACUCCAGAAAUCCAUCUGUUGUUGAAAAUGAAGAAGAGGAAGAAGGAGGACUUCCUUCACCUCCUUUGGACGAAGGGGCUUUCUUUGUUGCCCCAACCGGUACGAUUGAACUCUCACAGUUCUUUGAUGGCAUGGAUGACGAUGGAAAUAUUCGAAAGAGUGCACCAUUCAACAAGAACCGUGACAACGGAAGAAAGCCAGCUCUUGGCACUCAAACUAAGGACAAGAGGAAUUUUCCGGCAUCUAAUGAAACGGCCGUCACUGCCAAGGACAACAAGAGUCAGCACAUGAAGAAAAACGAGGCUGCAGCUAGGCCUAAUAAACCAAUGGCUGCUGAUACUGGCCGUGCAAGACCGUUAAACUCGAACAUUCAGCGAAAAGCCAAUGUGGAGCCAAAGAUGCCGCCGAAAAUUGAAAACAGUACUGUCCCUAAGAGGCCUCUCAAUGCUCAGCAAGAUAAGUCCAAGUGUUCAGAUGAUUUGGCUAAGCUUGAAGCCACUAAGCGGAGACUUCAAGAGAGUUACCAACAAGCUGAAAAUGCCAAGAGGCAAAGGACAAUACAAGUAAUGGAAAUAAAUGAUCUUCCAAAGCAAGGAUCUGUCCAACGGAAUACACAUUUCAAACCCGGAAAUCACAAUCGGCAAUGGGGUAACGGUCGAAGAUAGAGCGGCUAUUUUCAGGAGGGCUUGUAGAUUUUUCAGCAUGUUCUCUAAAGAUGAAGGAAGAAUAGUGAUAACUGCUUUCGCCAAACAUUUAAUGGAUAGAAGAUUGAUCCCCCCCUCUUUGAGAGCAUAGAAAAUAACAAAUAUACAUUCACCAUUUUUACCUGAAUAGAGUUAUUUUGAUUGUAGAGGGAAGUAAACUUUGAAACAUCGAUUAUUUCCCAAGGUUUAAACUUUGAGUACAUAGGAAUUUUGUUUAUCCAAGAAUAUUGGAUUUGAAAUUUGAUCCUUUCUUGGAGUUCCAUGGCUUACUUGAAUUGUUCCAUAAUUAUUGUCAAUAGAAAUCCCAAUCGUUUCUAGACAUGUUACAUAUGUCACAUUUAUAUUACUUGCAUUAGGGUCUCUCAUAGUAACAUUUAAGUAUGUGCAAUUGUGCAUGUUACUAUUCUUUCAUGUGAUUAUGUAAUAAGCAGGUUUAUAGGAAUACUUUUGUAGUCUGCUGACUAUAAUGUUUCCAAAAU